AUGUGGAAUCUAUCGUAUAUUGUGCAACGAUCUGUUAAGGAAGAACAGCCCGUUAUAGCUGUGGGGAUCAAUUACCGUCUUUCCUUUCUCGGAUUUCCAGGGGGACAGGAGGCUUUAGAUGCCGGGGUGACUAACCUGGGACUUAAAGACCAGCGAAUGGCCCUGGCUUGGAUCCAGGAGAAUAUAUUUGCAUUUGAUGGUGAUCCGUCCCGAGUGACAAUCUGGGGCGAGUCUGCAGGCGGAGUUAGUGUUGUACAGCAACUUAUUGCCUAUGGGGGCCAUGGUGGCACUGAGCUUUUCAGUGGCGCCAUUGCAGUCAGUGAUUUCGCUACAGGGGCUGCUUUGCCGGAAAUGGAGAAGAUGCAGGCUGGGUUUGAUAGGCUGGUGGCAGGGGCUAAUUGUACUAUGGCGAAGGACAAGCUUGACUGUCUUCGCGGGACCUCGUUGUAUAAUCUGUAUCCUCUUGAAGGAAAUUUGGAAGUGGGAUGGGGUCCAGUCAUAGACGGUGACUUUCUACAGGGACCUCCUGCUUGGGAAAUUCGUGAUGGGAAGUGUGCUCGUGUGCCUCUCCUUUUGGGUAGUAAUUCGGACGAGGGUCUGAUUGGAGUGACGGCAUCAGGAUACUUUCCCAACUCAACAAAUGAGACUAAGAUCUUACUGGAGAAGAUUUUCCCUCUCCUGCAAGAUUCGGCCAUCGAGAAGCUCAUAGAUCUCUAUCCGGAAGACGGGCUAGGAGAAGCACCACCAUACUCCCUUCCAGCGGACUUCGCCUGGUGCGAAGUUAUGAGCGCCGCCAAUCUUCCCUGCGGCUCUCAGUACCGCCGUGCCGCGGCCCUGCUAGGUGAUUACAUUUCGCACGCGCCUCGCAGGUAUAUGGCCCAGCUAUGGUCUAGGCUCGGUCUGCCGACGUACAGCUUCCACUUCAAAGCAGCCACAACCGGGAUCCCGAUCCAAUAUUUCUAUGGCCUGGAUCCUGGGUUUGCAAACCAUGGAGCUGAGCUAGCGUAUGAGAUGGGAUUGCCCGGGGGCUUCACUACGCCCAUUCGGUUUUAUCCACCAGUAAAGAAUGUUUCUGGGCAUGUGGCUCUGUCGAUGGAAAUGAAUGGACGGUGGAUUGCUUUUGCAGCGAGAAGAGACCCAAACAAGUCAGGAGAUCGGAGUCCGUCACUUGAGUGGCAGGAGUAUAACAUAUCAACAUCGAAUUUUGUUUUUGAUGCUACUGACGAAGAUCUGAACUUGGGUAUGGAGACAGAUGACUAUCGUGAAGAUGCAUGCCAAAUUUGGACGGAAAAUGUCGCCUAUACAGAUUAUUCUGGUCAAGGUUCAUAG